GGUGAGACGAAGAGGGAGGCUCUCGCGUCUUUGUCUUCUGCUCGCGCUCUCGCUCGCUGUUCUGCAUACGGCGUUGCGUUGCUUGGCUGGGCCAUUCAAAGAAAGGCCCAGCCGGGCUGUGGGCUUGGCAGCGGAUGGUCGAAUUCGAGACGAGACUGAGUGAGGCGAGUGAUGAUUCGGAGCAUGCGCAUUGAUCGCCGCAGAGGUUCAUUGUGCUCCGAAUUGCAUACGAAUCGGUGGGGUGGGGCCGGGUGAGGGAAUUCGGGGAAUGCUUUGGAUUCAUUCGAGGCGAGAAAGUAACGUAGAUUUUGUGUGUACAUUCUGCCAGUACGAAGAAGUAUCAAAGACGGCUCCUGAUUCGUCGUCGCCUUGGUCUGAAUCAAGGCUUUUGUAUAGCUUGCUGUGCAUUGUCCCGUGGCCAGGUCGCGCUGCGAUCCUGUCUCUUGUUGAGCGAGAGUUGUUAAUUAUUUCGUGUCGCUGACUGCAGUUUCUGGGAAAGGAGUUUUGAGCAAAACAUGCUCGUUUGCUGUGGGGACGAUACUUGCAAUUUGCUUCAUACAGUGGGAAUUCAUGUUCCGCUGUCACACGGUGCGAACAUUUGUAGUCUGGGAGUGCAGUGCAAUUUUGUUCUGAUCUGUUCCUCUCCGUUAUUUAAACUGCUUUGCAGUUUGAACUUCGCAUCCAUGUUCGUCUUUAAUCCAAAAUAGUCCUCGCUAGAAGAUAGCCAAUGAACAACAAUCGUAGCCGAGGAAGAAACGUAUGAAAGGUUUCACGAGAUCAACGUCAUCAUCCAUUACGUUCUUGUUUUUCCUCACAGCCCAGUGCCGUGUGCUUGCCAAGAAGAUGCGUCUUGCUGAUUGACGAUGGAUGCUUGUGGUUGAUAGUACAAUUCCCUUGUAAAUGGUCGUACUCUCAAAGCCUACCAGUUUGUGAGUCGACUGUUCAAAUCCUCCUCACUGCCCACAUUCACGUUGCGUUCUUUUUACCGCACAAUGGCUGUGACGGGAGGGAGUGAGCUGAGUGAUGAUCUAAGCUCAGUGGGCCUGGAAUCGGAUUUCAGCGAGCUUCGAGACAGCGUAAGUGCUUUGCGCUUGGAAUCAGGUCUGCAACAUGCAGAUACGUCGUCGGAACGUCGUUCUGAGGUUGGGAACAGGACUAUAGAAUUCCAUCACUCCGCGAAGGAUCCAAUUGAUCUCGUGAAACUCAUGGACGUAAAACAUCGCCAGGCAGGGGGUGAAACUCACCGGUCCCUGGAUGAAAAGUCCUUCAGUGAGAUAAUGAACUUCCCAGAGACAGCCGUUCGGCCUCCCCGAGCACUAGAGACAGUCAAAAGCUCAGAGUGUUUAGAGGGUAUGGUCUCUCCGGGUAUAAGAGCAAAUUCGAGUUCCAGUACAAGUCAGCCUCGUCCCCAAACAACAUUUGAACCUAACGCUAUGAUCUCAAGUGCUUGGGAGGCUCUAAGAAAGUCUUUGGUACACUUUCGCGGCAAGCCGGUUGGAACGCUCGCUGCGUGUGAUCCAACGGAGGACUCAUUGAAUUACAAUCAGGUUUUCGUUCGAGACUUCGUUCCCAGUGGUUUGGCAUUUCUGAUGAACGGUGAACCAGAAAUUGUAAAAAACUUCUUGUUGAAAGCACUCCGUCUUCAAUCAUGGGAAAAACACAUCGAUUGUUUUACCCUCGGUGAAGGGGUGAUGCCUGCGAGUUUCAAAGUCCUACAUGAUCCGUCCCGGAAAUUCGAUACGAUGAUAGCAGACUUUGGGGAGAGUGCAAUUGGUAGAGUUGCGCCAGUAGACUCAGGGUUCUGGUGGAUCAUCUUACUUCGAGCUUAUGUGAAGUCUACGGGCGAUCACAGUCUAGCAGACAUGUCAGAUUGUCAACGUGGGAUGAGGCUCAUUCUCACAUUGUGCCUCUCGGACGGCUUUGAUACAUUUCCAACACUUCUUUGCGCGGAUGGCUGCUGCAUGAUCGACCGAAGAAUGGGAAUUUACGGAUAUCCGAUCGAGAUACAGUCGCUUUUCUUCAUGGCCCUGCGUUGCGCAAGAUUUCUGCUCAGACCUGAAGCUGGGGGAAAAGAGUUUCUGGAGCGAAUAGACAAAAGACUCCACGCUUUGAGCUUUCACAUUCGAACAUACUACUGGCUAGACCACCAGCAACUGAACAAUAUCUACAGAUACAAGACGGAAGAGUAUUCUCAGACUGCUGUCAACAAGUUCAAUGUCAUUCCUGAUUCGAUCCCUGAUUGGCUCUUUGAUUGGAUGCCCAUGAAAGGAGGCUACUUCAUUGGGAAUGUCAGUCCGGCUAGAAUGGAUUUCCGAUGGUUUACUAUCGGUAAUUGUGUAGCAAUUUUAUCAUCAUUGUCCACUCCCGACCAAUCAUCUGCUAUCAUGGAUCUCAUCGAGGAGCGUUGGGAAGAACUCGUAGGGUUUAUGCCCUUGAAGGUGUGCUAUCCCGCACUGGAAUCACGUGAGUGGCAAAUCACGACUGGGUGUGAUCCAAAGAACACAAGAUGGAGCUAUCAUAACGGUGGCUCUUGGCCAGUCCUCCUAUGGAUGUUGACUGCAGCGUCUAUAAAGACUGGAAGACCGCAAAUUGCUCGCAAAGCAAUUGAGCUUAUGGAAGCAAGGUUGAUGAAAGAUGGAUGGCCAGAAUAUUACGACGGUAAACUGGGUCGGUACAUCGGCAAACAGGCCAGGAAGUUUCAAACCUGGUCUAUCGCUGGGUAUUUGGUGUCGAAGAUGAUGUUGGAGGAUCCCUCGCAUUUGGGGAUGAUCAGCUUGGAGGAAGACAGAAAAAUGAAGCCAUCAUUGACCAGAUCCGUUUCAUUCUGAGAUUUCUUGUCGUUGAUGAGAUUAGCAUGUUGGUGUUUUCAUUUGAUUGGGAGUUUCUUAGUUUUCGCCAACUGCAAGACGUCGCACCACAAGUGGCUAAACCUGGCCAUUAUGGUGGUUGACGUUAGCACUUGGGAUUGAACACGUGUAACUUCCACAAGGCAGGGCAUAUCGACCCAGAUUUGUCUUAGCUAGCUCGAGGUUUGACACUUUUUGCAAUUGUAAAGCUCUCAUCGGAUGCAUAGGAAACCAUAACUUUUGUUAGUAAGGUGAUAGCAAUUUCUGUUCUCAAGCAGUGGUGUUGCAAUAAAUUAACAUUGAGUUGUCAGGCGCACUUAAUACCUGCGAUGGUAUUUUUCAUUUUUUGUUGUCCGUUGUGCACUGCAGACUUAUAUAUGACAAAAAUUUUAUAUAAAUUUGACGUUG